GCCGCGGAGCCCGAGGACGCGCCCGAGCAGCAGGCGCAGCGGCUGCGGGACGAGGUCGAGGACCUGGUACGGCGAGCACGGCUGCUUCUCCACGGCGAGCACCCGCCAGAGCCGCCGAAGGACCUGGUCCCCGGCGCCGGACCGCGCGGAGCGGGAGCGGGAGCUGGGCGAGACGCUGGAGAAGGCGGACACCCUGCAACGCGAGAUCAAGCGCAUGCGCGCCGAGCUCGCCAGCCGCGACCACAUGGGCCCGCUGAAGACCCACGCGGUCAACGGCGAAGAGAAAGAUCCUCAGGAGCUGCAGAACCGGAUGACCGAGCGGCGGCGGGAGCUGCGGCGCCUGCGGAAGCAGGGCGAGGCCCUGGACGCCGUGGCCGAGAGGCAGCAGCAGGCGGAGGCCGCGAACAACACCGUGAGCCCGGCCGUGCAGGAGAAGCUGCAGGCCGUGAAGCGGGAGGUGGACCAGCAGAAGAAGAGCAACGCGCACCUGCAGAGCGAGCGGCUGAAGCUCUCCUCCUCGCGCAAGGCCGCGGAGAAGGAGCUCCGCGCCGCUGGCAACGACCUUCGGAGCAAGGCGGCGCUCCUGCAGAAGCCGGCGGGCGCCGCUGCCGGCUCCGGCGCCGCCCACGACUCGUCGAGGGUGAGGCAAUUGCGACACGAGCUGGAUGUACUCGAGGAUGGAUGGGGCAGCGGCCGCCAGCGACGAGAGGCGCAUCAAGGCGCAGCAGGAGUCGGCAGACCGCGGCGUGGAGCGAGCCGAGGGGGAGCUGGCGUCCCUGCGGGACCUCGUCGCCGAGAGGGAGGCGGAGCUGCAGCGCCUGCAGGAGGCCAACGGCGGCGGGGAGCUGAAGACCCCGCGGGCCAGCGCCAGGGAGCCGCCGAGGAGACCUGGAGCAGGGGCCUGGCUUGA